AUGACGCAGGGUGGCCGCGGGGUGGCGGGGCCAUCAUUGGGGGGCGGCGCGGGGCAACGGGCAGUCUCCUCCCGCGCCCCGCUCGAUCCUCGCAAUCCACCCGCGGCCCCCGCUGGCCAGGACGCUGCCGGUUUCGGUGGUAAUACCGCAAAAGUGGCGAAUAUAUUCAACAUGCUAAGUCUUCGUCAGCGUAUUCGGGAGAUUGAUUGGGGGUUGUACCGUGUUAGAGUUCAUAACAUCUUCAUAAAACUCAUACGGACCCGCAAUCCAAGCGAGCCCGGAAGCACUGAGGAAUCAGGUGCAAACCAAGGGAUUCGUUUAACGAGAUGCCUGACCACCCAGGAUCUCACCUCCCUUGGCGUCGGAUCUUGCGUGGGUACCGGAAUGUACCUGGUUACCGGGAUGGUGGCCAGCAGGUUUGCCGGACCGGGAGUGGCUGUUAGUUUUGUUAUCGCUGCUAUAGCCAGUCUAUUUUCCGGUGUCUGCUACGCCGAGUUUGGAGUACGCGUGCCCAACACCACCGGGUCUGCAUACAUGUACUCCUACGUCACGGUUGGAGAAUUUGUUGCUUUCGUGGUCGGCUGGAAUAUGGUCCUCGAAUAUGUGAUUGGUACGAGUGCUUGCGCCCGCGCAUUGAGUGCCUGUAUCAAUACCUUGUCCGAUGGAGCCAUCGAACGAUCCGUUGGCAACAAUGUUGGAACCCUUUUUGGCAAACCCCCUGAUGUUCUUGCGUUUGGAAUAACUCUAAUGAUGACAAUGGUUUUGGUCGCUGGCGUCAAAAAAUCACUCGUUUUUAAUAACGUUCUCAACGCUAUUAAUCUUACUGUAUGGGUAUUCAUCUUAUCCGCUGGAGUCUUUUACAUUGAUGUCGCUAACUGGACUGAGCAUAAAGGAUUUCUGCCCUACGGUUGGAGUGGUGUUUUUAGCGGUGCAGCGACUUGCUUCUACGCAUUUAUUGGAUUUGAUAUCAUUGCUACUACUGGAGAAGAGGCCAAUAAUCCCAAGAAGUCCAUCCCUCUUGCGAUUAUACUGAGUCUGGGUAUCAUAACAAUUGCUUAUGUCAGCUGUUCCCUCAUCCUGACAUUGCUGGUGCCCUACGACGAAGUUGAUACCACCUCGGCCUUGGUGCAAAUGUUUGAUCACGUCAAUGCCCCCACUGCUAAAAUCAUUGUGGCAGUAGGUGCUCUUUCUGGACUUACUGUUGCUAUGUUUGGCUCCAUGUUCCCCAUGCCCAGGAUUCUUUAUGCCAUGGCCCAAGACGGUCUCCUCUAUCGUCCGCUAAGCGCUGUGUCGCAGAAGACUAGUUCGCCGACAUUUGCUACGGUCAUCGGAGGGAUCACUGCGGCUUUGGUUUCCUUGGUCGUGCAACUUGAAAUUCUCGUCGAAAUGAUGAGUAUUGGUACUCUGAUAGCUUACUCUCUCGUUUCCACCUGCGUGCUCAUUUUGCGUUACCAACCUUACGCCAACAACCUGAUCGAGCUGCUGCCGCAAAGUCUACGUACGCCGAUUGACCUGGAGGGUACCGCUGGACGGAGAGAAACCACAAUAGAGGUGACAUCUCACACCCAGAUGGCCCCUAGUCAACGCAUAAUGAUUCGUCGAGUGACCCAAAGUUCUCCGGACUCUGAUGACACCAUAGCCGAUGACAGCGAGGAAUAUUUCCGCGAUGACACCUAUCUAAUGAACCCCACCGGUGAUAACAACAAGUUUUACGGAAACAUCCACUGCGGUCUAUCAGGCGGUACAACGCGCUACGGAAGAUUCUUUAACGACAUCUACCGUCGGCUGCAGGGCUUAUCAUACCUUUGCCCUGGCCUCUUCCCAUGGGUAGAAAAUGGACCAGCAACCGAAGCGUCAGGAAUUUUCGUGGUUAAAGCUGUUGGCAUUAUGUUCGUCUUGAUAAUAAUUUUCGACCUGCUUGCCGCCUAUGCGACUCCGACAUCUUUUGACUUUACCGCAAUCGUAAUGAUGCUGCUAUUCUUCGCCAUAUUUAUUAUCUUGCUUAUGAUCUCGAGGAAACCACAGAAUCGAAUUAAUCAGAUUUAUCUUGCGCCAUGGGUACCUUUCGUGCCUACUAUUGCGGUUGCUACCAACAUUUACUUGAUAUUGAACCUUUCGAUUUUGACGUUGGUGCGUUUCGCGAUUUGGAUGGCCCUUGGUCUGAUUGUAUAUUUCAAAUACGGCAUUAAAAACUCCGUGCUGGAAAACCCUCCCGCGCAAGACCAAAUUCCGCCAAUGCAACCUAGCGCCAUGGAGCGGGCUUCCGCUCCCAUUAUUUGUAGCCAGCCGCGUCGUAUUGGAGACCGCAAUAUCUUUGAGGGUGACGGAUCCAACCGGAUGUUCGGAUCUGAUUUUUCUCAACCCAUACUGACUUGGCAUGAGUCUAACCUGACGCCCCUCCCAUCGACCAGCUAUGAGUCCUCUACUAGCCUUGGCAUGUCCUCCGGAUCGGAAAAUACUCGCGACCAAGCCAGUAGCGUAUCCCUGCGUGGUAGUUUUGGCCACACCAUCGUCAACCGUGGACACUCUCUGAAACGUGGCGCAACUAAUACCACCAAAGGAUUUAAGCAGAUCGAGACACGUUAUGACGCUAAAACUAACAGCAUUUCUUCGCAUACCAUGAGCCGUCCUCCAUGGGCAAACCCGGACUCGCUGCACGGCAAUUGGGACGAUUAA